GGAUGGCAUGAGAGUACUUUUUUUUGGUCCCCCUGGAGGCUAAAGUACCUGGCAACCUUUCUGGGUUUGUCCUCAUAAAAGCAGCAGCAGCCAACCUCAUGCCCUGAUCUCCAACAACUUCACCAUAGACUCCAACAGACCGUCUCACAAGCAGCAUGGCUGAUUCUCUUCACAGGCAGGAGGCUCUCCCAGGGCAGGACAUCCCACUGAGAGUCAAACAGCGGGACCAGUGGGCUAACAAAAUGGAGUUUAUCCUAACUGUGGCUGGUGCUAUUAUUGGACUUGGAAAUGUAUGGAGGUUUCCGUAUCUAUGCUACAAGAAUGGCGGAGGUGCAUUCUUUAUCCCUUACAUCCUCUUCCUAGUUACUUGUGGCAUCCCUCUGUUCAUCCUAGAGACUGCUGUUGGUCAGUACACUAGUCAGGGUGGAAUCACAUGUUGGCGGAAACUCUGUCCAUUGUUUGAGGGUAUGGGAUAUGCCAGCCAGGUGAUCAUUCUUUACGGGUCUAUCACCUACAUUGUGAUUCUUGCAUGGGCUUUUCUCUACCUUUUCUCUUCAUUUACUGUUAAUCUACCAUGGGCCAGCUGCAACAACUCUUGGAAUACAGAUACAUGUGUUCUGUUUGAUGGCAAGAACAACUCUGGCAACUGGACAUCUCCCUUGAGUACUUCAUCUGUUGUGGAGUUUUGGCAACGUCGGGUUCUACAGUUAUCAAGCGGCAUGGAAGAUCUUGGAAGUAUACGGUGGGAGCUGGCUUUAUGUCUUCUGCUGGUCUGGGUAAUCUGUUACUUCUGUGUCUGGAAAGGAGUAAAGUCGACAGGGAAGGCAGUUUACUUCACAGUUACAUUCCCCUAUGUGAUGCUGGUGGUACUAUUGAUCAGAGGGGUAACACUACCUGGAGCCAUGGAUGGCAUUUACUACUACAUCUACCCCAAUGUUACUAGACUAGCUGAUCCACAGGUGUGGAUGGAUGCUGGAACCCAAAUAUUUUAUUCCUAUGCCAUUAGCCUAGGAUUUCUGACUUCCCUUGGAAGCUAUAAUAAGUACAACAACAACUGCUAUAAAGACUCCUUCUAUCUGUGCCUGUUGAACAGUGGGACCAGCUUUAUGUCUGGUUUUGCCAUUUUCUCAAUCCUGGGCUACAUGGCUAAAGACCAGAAUGUGGACAUUUCUGUAGUCGCUGAGUCAGGUCCUGGCCUAGUCUUCAUUGUGUACCCACAGGCAGUAACCCUGCUUCCCUUUCCACAGUUCUGGUCAGUGUGUUUCUUCACCAUGAUCAUUCUGCUUGGGGUGGACAGCCAGUUUGUUGGCCUGGAGACUUUGAUGACCUCAGUCACAGAUGUUUUUCCCAUCCUACUAAGAAAACGGUAUCGGAGAGAGGCGUUACUGCUUGUGUUCUGCACUGUCUGCUUCCUACUUGGCCUUUUCAUGGUCACACAGGGUGGCCCCUACAUCCUCCAGCUCUUUGAUCAUUAUGUGUGCAGUGGAGCAACUUUGUUGUUCUUGUCCAUUUGCCAAUCAGUUGCCAUUGGAUGGGUGUAUGGUGCUGAUCGAUUCUGUGACAACAUUGAGGAUAUGAUUGGUUACAAGCCUUCCGCUUUUCUCAAAUACUGUUGGAUGUACAUUACCCCCACUAUAUGCACAGGAACUUUUGUAUUCUCUGUGCUUAAGUACAGUCCUCUGAAAUUCAAUAACAUUUACGUGUAUCCCUGGUGGGCAUAUGGUUUUGGCUGGUUCCUGGCAGUCUCAUCCCUCUCUCUGAUUCCCAUUACUAUGGCUUACAAACUAGCCAAGGGCAAAGGAACUCUCUGGCAACGUCUUCAGACAUUAUGUCACCCAGCAGCCGACCUUCCAAUGCUUCAGAAGGAAAGGAGAAAUAUUUGUAGAAUAGAAAACACAGAAGAUAAGUCCAGCAAUAAUAAUAUAAACACAAUAUAACAUAUAUAGACAUAUAGAAGAUGUUCCCAUAUUACUUCUACUAUACGUCAUCGUACUUUUUAAACUUUUUUUAAGACUCUAUUGUGUGUGUAUUUUCAAGUUUAUUGCCAUUUGUAACAAGUACAGGUAUAUUGGAAUUCUUUGGUCUUGCACCUCGACAAUCCCAAGGGGCUAAACUUCUAAUAUGAUCUACACCUGAAAUAAAACGUCCUUACCUAAAUGGGCUACUAUACUUUUCUACAGUAUAUAUAAAAUUAAUAAGUAUUUGGAAAUGAAAUAAUACUGAAUAAUUCACCUACCAACUGACAACUAAGAAUAACCUAACAAUUUACAUGUGAGUAAAGUAGCUUGUCCACAUGUGUUUGUGUGUGUGUUGCGAAGGGAGUAAAGCAAUAUAUUUAGGCUAUAUAGCCUUAAAUGGAUCGAUCACCUUAUUUUGUUUAUUAUUUUACAUAUAGUGCCGUAUGCCAUGUUUGGUUGAAUAACCUACUGCAAGCUUCUUGAUGUUCAACUGCUUUAGCCAGUUCAAUCAUAUAAUCAUGUACAGU